AGCAGCACGUGAGUGAGUGUCGCGAUUUCUGCGAUUUCUUUCGUACACGUUUUUGGUGUCAGUGAUUAUAAUAAGUAUAGUGAUUGCGGACGCAAAGACAUGCUGCCGUACCAGGCUGUCGCUAUGGACUAUGCAGUGUCUUCCAGCUUCCAGAGACAUCAGCCUUCCUUAGGAUUAGGAGUCAACCUUAAUCCAGCCUUCACACACUCCUGGUUCGUACCAGCGGAUCUGUGUGUUUCCUACAAACAGACUCCUCUCCUCGAACCAGGUAUACUGGAAUUACGAAAAGAAAAAAGUCGGGACGCAGCAAGAUCACGUCGAGGAAAGGAAAAUUACGAAUUCUACGAAUUGGCGAAAAUGCUCCCUCUCCCCGCCGCUAUCACCUCUCAAUUAGAUAAGGCUAGCAUCAUAAGACUGACCAUUUCAUAUCUCAAAUUAAGGGACUUCUCAGGGCACGGCGAACCGCCAUGGAGUAGGGAUGGACCGCCCCCCAACAAAUCUUUAAAAGCGGGAAGAAGCAGAACGCAGGGUGGUUUAGCUAUGGAAAUAUUUGAACAACAUCAAGGGACACAUAUAUUACAGUCCUUAGAUGGGUUCGCUUUGGCUGUGGCUUCUGACGGUCGAUUUUUGUACAUUUCAGAAACAGUAUCAAUUUACUUAGGACUUUCACAGGUUGAGAUGACGGGGAGUAGUAUAUUUGACUACAUCCAUCAUCAGGAUCAUUCGGAAAUUGCCGAACAGUUAGGAUUAGGUCUUUCACAAAACCAAAAUUUGGCUUCACCGGAAAGCGGCUCGGAAGAGAGUACUUCGACAGCAGGAACAAACAAUCCCGACGUGUCCACGCAAAUGACGUUAGGUUCCAACCCACCCUAUAAGGGACUAGACAGAGCGUUUUGCGUUAGAAUGAAGUCGACGUUAACUAAAAGAGGCUGUCACUUCAAGUCCUCAGGUUAUAGGGUUGUCUUAAUCUUAAGCAGGUUAAGGCCGCAGUACACUUUUUCGCACACAAGGAAAUCGCAACCGCCCCUUUUAGGUAUGGUUGCCCUUGCCAUAGCUCUUCCACCUCCUAGUGUACACGAAAUAAGACUAGAAUCGGAUAUGUUUGUGACUAGAAUAAACUUUGACUUUAAAAUAGCACACUGCGAACCCCGGGUGCUGGAUCUCCUUGACUAUACACCCGAAGAACUGACUGGCAGAAAUCUGUAUUCUUUGUGCCAUGGAGAAGAUGCUAGCAAACUAAGAAAAUGCCAUGUUGAUCUAAUCAAUAAAGGGCAAGUACUUACACACUAUUAUAGGAUAAUGAACAAAACUGGUGGAUACACCUGGAUACAAACAUGUGCUACUGUAGUAUGUAAUACGAAAAAUGCCGAAGAACAAAACAUUAUUUGUGUAAAUUAUGUGAUAAGCCGACGGGAGUACGAGUCUGUCGUCAUGGACUGCUGCCAGCUGGACGACCAGAGCCACGUGGUAAAGAGAGAGGAAGCGAGCAACAAUGAACCAGAGAAUGGAUCACCAGACGCCGAACGUGGAGAUGACCUGAAUGGCGGAGGCCUCACCAACCCACCCCAGGACUCCAGUCAGGACUUGGAGGACGCUACCUGUGAAGGUAAUCCUACCGAGAACGACACGUCCACGACGCAAGAGCCGGGAGAUCUUCGGUCCCAUCGCCUAGACCUUGUGACGCAACUUCAAGCUACUCCGAUCGUCAACGCCAACAAAGAUCAUCGUAAGUCAUUUCCUGCUCGCCGGACAUCCAAGAGAAAAAACACGUCGUCCGAUGAAAAUGAAGAAGAAGAAGCUACCACGGCCCAUCGCACUUCAGCGAUAAGUCCAGCUUCAUCUUGCCAUUCCACCAAUGGCACCCAUCCCUUAACAUCUGAUGUCACCGGCGAGACGAGUCCUAAGAAGUUGGAUGAUACCGUCAGCAGCGUUACGUCAGUGAAAGACCUCGAGAACGCCAUGUCAAAACAUCUUCCUGCCUGCAAGUCGCCAAUUAACCAACCAACAGAUUUCAGUACAGACGCUCUACUGAAACAACAACAGAAGACCACUAUCCAGUGGAUCGGAGCUCAUCACCAGCAGCUGCAGCAACAAGGCCCAUUACCUGCUUCAGCCCUCUUGAGGCAGCUCUACGCCAAUAGGGAGAGUGUGAUUCGUGCUAACGUACAGGGCAGCAGCAGAUCUGGUAGCUCCCCUGGCUACUAUCCUAAUGACAAUCAAGUUGGUGUGGGUACGUUACCUACAUCUCCUACCAGCGAAGGAUCCUCAUCAUAUAGUGACCAUCAAUUCUUACUAUCACAACAUCAAAAUUAUCCCACUAGUUAUUAUAUGGACUAUCAUUCCAUGACUCCCCCUUCUAGUGUGUCCCCCCGUGACAAACAGCAAUUACACGGUGGUGUAGCAUUUGACUCGACAGUACCCUAUCAAGAUGUUUUAAGGCAUCAAUAUCCAGAUAGUCCUCUACCUUUAAAACCACAAGUGUAUUCGUAUGUAGAUCAACCACAAUUUUAUCACCACGGAUCAACGGGGACGGGGUUCCAUUUGUAUCAUUCUAGUAAAAAUACCCCCAGUACUCCUUCAAACUGGUAUCCACCAUCAUAGUAAAAAUAGUUUAUACUAUGGACAUUUAAUUAUCAAUUUUUCAAUACGAUAUGAUGCCAACCUUUUAGUCCAGGGAAAUAAGAUGUUUCUCAGGACUCUGGAUAAUCCAGAUAUCUGACAACUUUUUUAGUUAUUGUAGACCUACAUAAAGAAAACCUACCUGUUCUCUGUCUAUAGUUUGGAGCCGUUUUUUAAUUAUUAACAAUUUAGUACAAAAAAUGGGACUUUUUGAUUUUUUGCAUCCCAUUAAAAAGCUUCAAACUGGCGAUAUUUGAAAGAUAAAAAGUCAAUUUGUUGCUCCUUAAACUGCAAAAUAAGACAAAAUCGGUAUUUAUUUAACUAUUAUUAAAAUGAACGUAGAAAUUUGGUAAUUUACCCAAAGUUGGAUAUUGGGGUACUUAACAUACCCUCAAAAUUUCAGACCGAUCUAUCAAUUAGUUUAAAAGAUAUUCU